UCAAGUCUCUCAGAGUUGAAGAAGUUCAGAAGAUGGAAGAUCUGGAUUUAAAGACGGACAGAUCAGAACCUCCAGGAUCCAUCAGUCUGUCUAUGAGGAGUGACCGGUCCAAAAGAAAACCUCCCCUCUUCAGUAAUGAACCUGAACCCUCAGACAGAAAAGGUCAGAACCACAGAGGGAGAGCAGAACCUCCAGGAUCCAGCUGUCCCUACAUGAGGAGUGACCGGUCCAAAGCUGAUCCUCCAUUCUUUAGUACUGAACCUGGACCAUCAGAACCAGAAAGGAAGAAGAGGAGCAGCAUUGGUGAGGAGGAGSAGCCGUCCUGCUGUGCUUUGUGUCAGGAGGUUCUGAUGGAUCCGGUCUCUACCAGCUGUGGACACUGGUUCUGCAGACAGUGCAUCAGGUCCUACUGGGACCAGUCUGAUCCAUCUGGACCCUCCUCCUGCCCCAAGUGUGGAGAAAGACCCAGAACAGGAGCUGGACGGCUGACAGCCAAUCAGAGCAGCUGUCCUCCAGAUGUUGGUCUGCAGGAGGUUGUAGAGGAACAUAAGAUCAGUCUGAGGACAAGAUGUGAAAAUGUCACUGAAGGAAGUGAUGAAAUAGGAAAUAGAACCCUCCUCAAGAGGAUCUACACUGAUCUCUUCAUCACAGAGGCAUUGAGUGAAGAGGUGGACACAGAGCAUGAGGUGAAGCAUCUGGAGAGAGCUUCCAAGAUCCAGAAGCUCCAUGGCUCUCCAAUCAGGUGCCAUGACAUCUUUAAAACCUUCCCUGACCAACCUGGAGCCAUCAGAGUGGUUCUGACGGUCGGCGUUGCUGGUGUUGGAAAAACCUUCUCAGUGCAGAAGUUCACUCUGGACUGGGCAGAGGGCUUGGAGAACCAAGAUGUCAGUGUGGUGGUUCUGCUUUCAUUCAGGGAGCUGAACUUGAUCAGAGCUGAGCAGCACAGUCUUCUCUCACUGCUCCAUGUUUUCCAUCCAACACUCCAGAAGCUCCCAGCAAAGCAGCUGGCUAAAUGCAAACUUCUCUUCAUCUUUGAUGGCCUGGAUGAAAACAGACUUUCACUGGACUUCAACAACAGUCAGCUGGUUUCUGAUGUCACACAGAAGUCAUCAGUCAAUGUUCUGCUGACAAACCUCAUCAAGGGGAACCUGCUUCCCUCGGCUCUCGUCUGGAUAACUUCCAGACCUACAGCGGCCAAUCAGAUCCCUCCUUCAUGUAUUUCCAGGAUAACAGAAGUACGAGGGUUCACCGAUGCCCAGAAGGAGGAGUACUUCCGGAAAAGGUUCAGUGAUGAAGAGCUGUGCAGCAGAACCAUCUCCCACAUCAAGACCUGCAGGAGCCUCCACAUCAUGUGUGUAAUCCCAGUCUUCUGCUGGAUCACUGCUACAGUUCUGGAGAACAUGUUGACCUCAGAGCAGAGAGGAGAGCUGCCCAAGACCAUGACUGACAUGUACUCUCACUUCCUGCUGGUCCAGACAAAGAAGAAGAAGAACAAGUACCAUGGAGGACAUGAGACAAGUCCACAGGAGCUGAUGGAGGCUGACAGGGAAGUUCUUCUGAAGCUGGGGAGGCUGGCGUUUGAACAUCUGGAGAAAGGAAACAUCAUGUUCUACCAAGAAGACCUGGAGCAGUGUGGUCUGGAUGUCACAGAGGCCUCGGUGUACUCAGGACUUUGUACAGAGAUCUUCAAAAGAGAGAGUGUGAUCUUUCAGAAAUCAGUCUACUGCUUUGUUCAUCUGAGCAUCCAGGAGUUUCUGGCUGCAGUCUACAUGCUCCGCUGUUUCACCACUAGGAACUCAGAGGUGAUCAAGACGUUCCUGGGAGAAGAAUACAAUGAAACAUCUCUGGAGAACUUCAUGGAGAAAGUCAUGAAGAAAUCCCUCUGGAGUAAAAAUGGCCACCUGGACCUGUUUGUCCGCUUCCUUCAUGGUCUCACUGUGGAGUCCAACCAGAGACUCUUAGAGGAUCUGUUGGGUCAGACAGAAAACAGUCCAGAAAUCAUCCAGAGAAUCAUCACCAACCUGAAGGAGAUGAACACUGGUAGAAUCUCUCCUGACCGAAGCAUCAACAUCUUAUACUGUCUGGUAGAGAUGAAUGACGUCUCAUUUACUCAGGAGAUCCAAAAGCUGCUGGAUUCGGGGAAGCAUCUCUCAGUGACUAACUGUUCAGCUCUGGCCUUCAUGCUGCAGAUGUCAGAGGUUCUGGAUGAGUUGGACCUGGAGAAGUACAACACAUCAUGGGAUGGACGACGGAGACUGGUUCCAGCUGUGAGGAACUGCAGAAAGGCACGAUUUGGUGGCUGUAGGCUCCGUCAGGCUGAAUGUGAAGUUGUGGCCUCAGCUCUGAAGUCCAACCCAGAUCUGACUGAACUGGAAAUAAAUGAGAUCAUACUGAGAGCUGGAACCAUUGGAGACUCUGAUAUGAAGCCUCUGCUGGAGAUUCUGGAGAGUUCAGUCAGUAAAGUGAAGAGUCUGAGAUUAAACAAAUGCAGUUUAUCAGAGACCAGCUGGACUUCUCUGUUCUCAGCGCUGAAGUCCAACCCGACCCAUCUGACAGAACUGGUGCUGAUCAAGACCAACCUGGGAGAUUCUGGACUGAAGGAGUUUUGUGGUUUUCUACAGACUCCCAGCUGCAGAUUGGAGACUUUGAG